GUUCGCAGGAGUCACAGAAGAGACCCUGAACUCCAUUUUUCGGCGGACGGCAGUGUGCAAGUACAAAAGCGUCUUCGUGGAUGAGGUCCGCAUAGCCGGCAAGCAGGAAUUGGCUGCAAGGCAUGGGAUUUUCCCGCGGGAUCCCACCUUAAAGGAUUUCUUAAGGGACGGGCCUGCCUGUUUGGUGACACUGCGUUGCUUGUGGAACUACGCGCGAAGUCGCACCGCUUUCCAAUGUCGUGAUGUCCUGGAAAAGUAUGUUGUUCGUGGCGGUGACGGUGGUUUGACUCUGGCGACUGUGCGGCGCAGUUGUGGUCUGACUCCGGAUGAAACGGCAACAGCCGAUCCGGUGCAGGAAACUCUGGAAUCUCUCAUGUCAAAAGAGCCUUCAGGCGAGACUGGCAGAAGUAACCAAGACGUCUCUCAAGCUCAGGCUAUGAUCGCCGCUCACCGAGAUGAAGAAAAGCAGACUGUUCAACAGCUCCGUCAGUGGCUGUGCGAGGAGCGCAAAGACUGGUUCACACUGAACCAGUUGAAGACUGCCAAAUCCAAGUUCGUGUUCAAUUUUAGCAAGCAGGAGGCGCAGAACGUCAUUGAGAACAUGGUCAAGCAGGGCAAGAUCAUUUCAGCCCCGAUUACGCUGCCAAAGGUUGGCCAAACCACGAUCUUCCUUCCAACUUACUCGUGUGAAAAGGCACUCGGUGAUGUUGUGCCACUGAAGCACGACCAAAACCUCGUCUUCACAGAAGAAUACAAUGUCGAGCGCGUGUAUACCACAGACUACGACGUCGCGUCUUCUAUGUUCACUAUUGUGGUUCAGUUGUUUGACUUGGUCAAACCCGCAGACUGUGACAUACCCUCAUGGCGUGCUGUCGCAAAGGUGGCCAACGGAGCAUCGCAUGAUAAGUUCGAAGAGUUGAACAAGCAGGCCGUAACUUUCUUGAAAGCUCUGUCGAAUGAAAGCCGACUGUUGCGUUGGUUGGCAUGUUCGCAGAUGCAAGCGGAAUACGGUCAACUACGACGUCAUUCCAAGAACAACUGGCCGGAAGCAAGCAUUUUUGCGGCUUGGUGGAAUCCGGCAGAGGAUCAUAUUCUACAGGUCAUGCUCGAAGAGGUCCAGCAACAUGGCUUCGGUGGUCAUAUCUCCUGUCAUUUUGAUGGUCUUCUGCUGAGCACUUCCAUGGUGAAGUCAAUCGAGACGGCAACAGGAAAGAACAUGAUCUUGGUCUUGCAAGAAGCAGUACAGCGAAACACGCGUUUCGAGGUGGCGAUUAAAAACAAGACAUUGCCUUCCUUUGACGUGUGGCUGUCCAACAAGCUUCGAGAGAGCGAUGUUGAUGCAGAUUUGGGAACCUACCGUGAACUUUUGACUGCCACGCCGAACUCGAUUCCAGCUGCGAUAACUUUUCUCGGCGCGGACUUAAAGCAGGUUGUCUCUCGUCUGAGAAAGGAGUCGCCGUCGAAUGCAAAGGCCGACACACAUUGUGUCCGACAGUAUUCGGACUGGCAUGGCUGUGGGGAUCUGUAUCUGGUCCCACGGCAUGCGUGCGUGCUAAACAUCACCAAGGAUUUCCUUUUACAUCUCGAACUGCCAGAGUCAUCCCUUUGUCUGGGGGUCAAGGUUGUCACGAACGACAACAUUCUCGUUAUGCGUGCAGGCAAGGUCUAUGAGGGCACUAUGGCACAGCUGAUGGAUCUACUCGAAUCAUACCACGGCACGAAACAAACGUUCUUUUUCGACAUUGCUUCCGAAGAUCCAGACCUCGACGAUGUGGAGAUCGGGUUUCUUGAUCUUCUGGCCGGAUCCUCUUCAAUCAAAAAACGACCUGCCUCUAUCCGACAGCACCAAGACCCACAGAAUGACGGCGAGGUUGACGUCGGGGCAGAGCUACGCAGGCUGCUCUGUGAUGAAGUGACGGCGGCAAUCCGCGCAACACAGGCGCGAGCUGGAAAUUUGUUUCCACCAACGGUCUGUCCGUGCUGCCCUUGGAGACAGUUCGAGCGGCGUCGAUGCUUGGUGGAACAUCUGCAACACCAACAUACGGAAGCGAAGCGCUUCUGUCCGGCUGGGACCAAGCAGUUGCGGGUCGUGGUGGCACUAUAUGAUCAUGACCGCCUUCAUGAUCGGACACCGCAGCCGACUUUUCUGGCUAGGGCCAGCGAGCUUCUGCGGAAGACUGUCAAGGGCAACAUGCCGCGUAAUCGCAGCUUUAUCGAUAAAUCCCUUCGCUGUGUCUUUCAUUCAGACGGGCCUGAGUUUGUCAAUAUUCGAUCUAUCACAGAGGCUACGGGCUUACGCAGAGUGGGUAAUCUGUUCUACGAUCGUGGCUUUGCUGAUGCAUUCCUCAAUGCAGCGGCCGCUCACCAUGCCUCGCUGCACAAGAUACAGGCAUAUUUCCUGGAGAAGUGCAGAAGGGACGAUGGAAAGCUGGCGUCGGUUAUUCCGCGUGGCAACAAUGGCUUCUGGAUGAACGUCCUUGAAGACCUCAUGAUGUCACCUCUCCUUGAAGCAUAUACGGCAGGGCUCAUGGACCGAUGCGCAGUCUUGCAUGUGGCAUCCGAUGCUCCCUCUGCGGAGCUGUUCCAGACCUUGAAAGAAGUUCUGCCAAAUCUGCAGAGUUUAUCGCUAGAUGCCAUGCAUAUUGUUAUGGUCUACGACCAAAACAUGAACAACCGCCGGACCGCGGGAAGCAAAUGGCUUGCUGUUAUCAUGAACAAAUUUCGCAAGCGGCACUCUUCUCGCACGCAGGCAUCCUUUGGUGAGUUCUACAAUGGAGGCACUCUAGGAUCAGCGCCGCAGGAUGUCAAAUCCAUGAGAGAUUGUCUCUUAGAGCCGGAUAUGUCCGAAAACGCAGCGAGAACGCUGCUAGAGACAUUGGAUCCUGACACUCCGUGGCUGACGGAAGUUGACUUCCUCCAAGCCUUGGUGGCGCACUUUUCAUUCUUUCGAGAAGAACUUCGUAAAGUCACAUUUACAGGAGUUUCGCUGCAUCGGCUUAUCGUGAACGUCGCCAGCCCUGCCAAAUUCCAAUGGCUUCUCAAUGACACGAGAUACCGCCAUUCCGUUCAUCGGCAAGAGCUAGUGCUCCUGCCGAGCGGUACAACUUCCAAUGAAAGCCUCCACCAUGAAGUUAAUGUGUGGUUUCGAGAAACUGCGACCUGA